GAGAAUGAUCCCCCACCCCUCUUUGUGGUUACAGCAGCAGUGUUGUUGAAGUCGGAGUCGGGUCAAAGCUAGCAGGGGACUCAAUUUGAAAAGCAGGCUCACCUACCCGGAUCAUCAAAAUCGAGCGAAUCGCAAAUUCACAGACUAUUGGCCGUAAGCUAACGUGUGUCUCGAAGCUUCAUUUAAGCUUAAACGUCGCCUUCGUUGUCCGACAGUGAUAGCUAUCACGCGGUACAACGCGCUACUAGCUAGCUAAUGGCGUUAACUGGGCUAGUGUUGUAUCCAUAACUAACGACUGUUUGCUAGCUUUGACAGCCUUUGUCAUUUGAACUGUUCAAAUCUUCAAUUCGGAAAGUCUUUAACGAGCCGUGGGGUAUAUUUUGUUCCUAGGAAACAGUUGUUUUGUUUUAUAUAGGUAAGGAUUUGAUAUAAGAGCUCGUUUAUUGAGCUAUGUCUCUCCACGGUAAGCGAAAAGAGAUAUACAAAUACGAAGCGCCAUGGACGGUGUAUGCAAUGAACUGGAGCGUUCGUCCCGACAAACGCUUUCGCCUGGCCCUUGGAAGUUUCGUUGAAGAAUAUAACAAUAAGGUGCAGAUUGUGGGUCUGGAGGAGGAGAGUUCAGAGUUCAUCUGCAGGAACACCUUUGACCACCCCUACCCCACCACCAAGAUUAUGUGGAUCCCGGACAGCAAGGGUGUUUACCCAGACCUGCUUGCCACUAGCGGGGACUACCUGCGCAUCUGGAGGGUCAGUGAAACAGAGACGCGUUUGGAAUGCUUGCUGAAUAACAACAAGAACUCUGACUUCUGUGCCCCACUCACCUCGUUUGACUGGAAUGAAGUGGAUCCUAAUCUACUGGGCACCUCCAGCAUUGACACCACCUGUACUAUCUGGGGGUUGGAGACUGGCCAAGUGCUGGGCAGAGUCAACCUUGUCUCCGGCCACGUCAAGACCCAGCUCAUUGCUCAUGACAAAGAGGUGUAUGACAUCGCGUUCAGCCGCGCAGGCGGUGGUCGGGACAUGUUUGCGUCGGUCGGCGCGGACGGCUCAGUACGCAUGUUUGACCUGCGGCACCUGGAACACAGCACCAUCAUCUAUGAAGAUCCCCAGCACCACCCCCUACUGCGCCUCUGCUGGAACAAACAGGACCCCAACUACCUGGCCACCAUGGCUAUGGACGGCAUGGAAGUUGUGAUUCUGGACGUGCGUGUUCCCUGCACGCCGGUGGCCCGCCUCAACAACCACCGGGCCUGUGUCAACGGCAUCGCCUGGGCUCCCCACUCCUCCUGUCACAUCUGCACUGCAGCCGACGACCACCAGGCGCUGAUAUGGGACAUCCAGCAAAUGCCCAGGGCCAUCGAGGACCCUAUUCUGGCCUACACAGCUGAGGGGGAGAUCAACAAUGUCCAGUGGGCCUCCACCCAGCCUGACUGGAUCGCCAUCGGCUACAACAACUGCCUAGAGAUCCUGCGGGUCUAAAGCCAACCUUCACCUCAGGUGUGGAUGUGAAGGGCUGGAGGAUGAGGACGAUGUGUGGAUUCAGAACUUGGACAUGUGUUUUUGAGUGGAAGUAAAUCUUGCAGGACUGCCUCAAACCACUGCUCUGUCCUGGCUGAUUGAUGUGCGUAUGGGAGGCGGUGUGAACUCUUUGUCCCACUCCACAAUGUCCUGGUUUACUCUGUUUUUGAUAGAACUAAUCCCUGUGUCAAAAGGAGUAUGUUGUCUUUAUUUAUUGUUUUGUUAAUCAUCAGUGUCUGUACAGCGCCAUAAUGCAUCAGUGUCUGUACAGCGCCAUAAUGCAUCAGUGUCUGUACAGCGCCAUAAUGCAUCAGUGUCCGUACAGCGCCAUAAUGCAUCAGUGUCUGUACAGCGCCAUAAUGCAUCAGUGUCCGUACAGCGCCAUAAUGCAUCAGUGUCCGUACAGCGCCAUAAUGCAUCAGUGUCCGUACAGCGCCAUAAUGCAUCAGUGUCUGUACAGCGCCAUAAUGCAUCAGUGUCUGUACAGCGCCAUAAUGCAUCAGUGUCUGUACAGCGCCAUAAUGCAUCAGUGUCUGUACAGCGCCAUAAUGCAUCAGUGUCUGUACAGCGCCAUAAUGCAUCAGUGUCUGUACAGCGCCAUAAUGCAUCAGUGUCUGUACAGCGCCAUAAUGCAUCAGUGUCUGUACAGCGCCAUAAUGCAUCAGUGUCUGUACAGCGCCAUAAUGCAUCAGUGUCUGUACAGCGCCAUAAUGCAUCAGUGUCUGUACAGCGCCAUAAUGCUUCAGUUGGUUCAACAAUUCUAGAUGGUCAAUUCAUUAUGGAGUGAAACAGUGCAGUUCCAACUGAAGACUGCCUCUUGAGUGUGUUUAACCUGUUGUUUUAGCCAGCUAUAUAGCCAGCUAUAACGACAUAUUUAGGGUCAGGAAACUGGAUUUAAAACGACACUCACUGUCAGAAAAUGUAAUUUAGGGUCAUCUGGGUGUCUUUCUGAACUGGUUUGAAUCCAGUUGUAGACUUCUGAAUUUGAAACCAUAAGUCAAAUUUUAAGGCCUCAUAAGUAUUUUUUUAAAUGGUUUGCUGGUACCAGAUCACUUCCAUGAUUAUACUGUGAUAAUCUGACAUAUAGUGAAGUGACUGAAGUGUUAUGGUUCAAUACCACAGGAAGUUGGUGGCACUUUAAUUGGGGAGAACAGGCUCAUUCUAAUGGCUGGAGCGGAAUAGGUGGAAUGGUAUGAAACACAUCUAACACGUGGUUUCCAGGUGUUUGAUGCCAUUCCAUUUGCUUCGUUCCAGCCAUUAUUAUGAGUCGUCCUCCCCUCAGCAGCCUCCUGUGUUCAACACACAGUUGCAUGUCUCACAGUUUUUGGAUACUUUGCCAUCAGCCCCUUUGGACUAGACCAGAACCUACCAAAAACAAGAUUAAUAACGUUUUCUUCAUUUUGAGUAGAGUUGCUCGGAACAACUGCAGUUCCUAUUCAAGACUGUGUGAAACAAAUACGUUUACUUAGCCUAGUACUGAAGGAGAGUGAAACCUUUUUUUCUCGUGUCUCGCUCUCCCUAUCUUUUUAUUGUUCUCUGUACUCGAAGGUCAACCCCCUUUUCGCAUGUUUGUACAAGGGGAAAUGUACAUAAAGAUAUUGAUGAUAAGGCAAAUCUACAUGUAGUAGCUUUUUUCAUAAAAGUUUGUAUUACCAAAUUUGCUCUAACUAAUAAAUAUUCCUUCAUGUG